AUGAAGACCACCACUUGGACUGUCGUUGCGGCUGUCGCCGUGGCCCUCUUUUGCCUUGCCGCCCUUGCGGCUGCCGAGGACAAGCUCCCGCAGCUGCGCAUUGGCGUGACCCACCGGCCCGAGACUUGCCCGAUCAAGUCGAAGAACGGCGACAAGCUCUCUAUGCACUACACCGGCACGCUGGAGGACGGGACCAAGUUCGACUCGUCGCUCGACCGCGGCACCCCGUUUGAGUUUACCCUCGGGCAGGGCAUGGUCAUCCAGGGCUGGGACCGCGGCCUCCACAACAUGUGCGUCGGCGAGAAGCGCCGCCUCAAGAUCCCGGCCCAUCUCGGCUAUGGCGAGUCUGGCUCGCCGCCCAAGAUCCCCGGCGGCGCCACCCUCAUCUUUACCGUCGAGCUCGUUGCCAUCAACGGUGAGUCGUAG